AUGAUGGCUUCAACGAAGCCGAUUGUAUGGGUGUGUUUGAUUAUUGUUGUGAUAUGUGAGAGAGUACAAUCAAGAACGGCUCAAUCGAAUGAUAAUACAAUGGUCCGAGUAAAAAAACAGUAUCAAUACCCAAACUAUCAACAGCAACCAUAUUAUCAACCAGGUUAUAGGCAGCCGCCACCACCACCAUCCCCACCUCAGUCGAGUAGUGGUUAUAAUGAUAGCGGCGUCGAAUGUAAAGGAUGUGGACCAAGACGAGAUUGCGGAUGUCCAGGAAAAGGUGGAAUGGGCAUUACUGGUCCACAAGGAUUUCCCGGCAUUCCUGGCGAUCGUGGAAAUAGAGGCACAGGAGGAGGAAGAGGUUUGACGGGCGUUCGUGGUGAAAAAGGCGAUCGUGGUCAGUAUGGAAGUAAAGGAGAACGUGGUGACGAUGGUCUUUUACCAGUUGAUGGUCAGAAUGGAUUUCCAGGAAAACCCGGUGCAAUAGGCCCACGAGGUAUUCCAGGUGUUCCCGGAUGUAAUGGUUCGAAGGGCGAUGCGGGACCAAACGGAUUUGAUGGAACUAACGGUUUGCCGGGAAACCGAGGAAAUCCUGGAAGACCGGGAGAAGUGGGCGAACAUGGUGAAGCCGCUUAUGGUCCAGGAGGAGUUGCUCAAGGGCCAAGAGGAGACAGAGGCACACCGGGAAAACAAGGAAUACCAGGUUGGCCGGGUACAAGCGGAUUGCCUGGCGCUCCAGGACCUGCAGGACCAGCUGGCACACCAGGAAGACCAGGUCCACUAGGAGAUGCUGGAGAAAAAGGACGUCCAGGACAAGAUAACUAUGGAGUGAAAGGCAUACGGGGUGAACCAGGUAUUCCAGGACCAAGAGGACCGGAGCACAUUGAAUCUCGUGGUAUAAUACAUAUACAAAGUACACCUGGAGUGAAAGGUGCUCAAGGUGACAGAGGUUUUAAAGGAAAUUUGGGUGCACCUGGUUAUGUUGGUAUCGAUGGACUACAAGGUCCCAAAGGAGAAAAAGGCGAUUCUGGUGGAGCUGGACCGCAGGGAAAAAUUGGUAAACCUGGUCCAGCUGGUUCAUACGGAGUGAAAGGAAGUACUGGCGCAACGGGUCCACCUGGUCCGGAUGGAAUACCCGGAGAACAGGGAAGAAAUGGAUAUCUGGGAACAAAAGGUGUACGGGGAGAUAUUGGUGAACCAGGACCAAACACGAUUGGUAGAAAAGGCGUUCGAUCCUAUCCGGGAAGACCUGGCUAUCCGGGAAUACCAGGGGAUGCUGGACCAUCGGGUUUGCCUGGAGCCCCGGGAUUUCCAGGUAACGAUUUUAUCAACAUGUCUCACUUUUUGGUGGUGUCGGCUUUGUUAUCAAAAAAUAAUUUACCACCGUAUUUUCGUUCAUCCGUAGGUCGAGAAGGCAUGAAAGGAGAGAAAGGAGAUUAUGGAAUGCCUGGAAGACCUGGACCAAUGGGUGAACCGGGUUUCGGUGGAGAACAAGAAAAGGGAGAUCGAGGAGAAGAUGGAUUACCGGGCCCACAAGGACAAGCAGGAGCUGCUGGUUAUCCUGGAGAAAAAGGAAAUAUGGGAGACAAAGGAAUGGCUGGAGAUGAUGGAUAUGGACAGCGUGGAUUACCUGGACUUGCUGGACGUCCUGGGUAUCCGGGCUUACCUGGUCCAAUAGGAGAUCAAGGAGAAAUGGGUCCACCAGGUUACCCCGCAGAAGGAACCUUUCAAGGAUAUCAAGGUUACGGUCCUCCUGGCCCACCGGGUUAUGUGGGACCAGCCGGACCGCCUGGGCUACCCGGUACCCCUGGGAUACCUGGACCCAAAGGAGACUAUGGUGACGCUGGUGGUUGUGGUUUUUGUCCUCCUGCUACUCCUGGACUACAAGGCGAUAGAGGCUCGCCUGGCUAUCGUGGCAGACCUGGAAUUAAUGGAGCGCCUGGAUAUCGCGGUGAAAAAGGUGAUGCUGGACCACAGGGAGCAUCCGGUCCCGUCGGAAUACCAGGACCAUCGGGCAUAGAUGGAAGAAAUGGUUACAAUGGAGCUCACGGUCGGAAAGGUGAACCGGGUGAGAUGAUUGGUGCUGAUGGCAUAAAAGGCCGACGUGGAUCAAGCGGGGAACCGGGAGUCAAAGGUUAUCGUGGUGAUAUGGGAGAUGUUGGUAUUAAUGGCAGAGACGGAUAUGAUGGUGCUCCAGGAGCAACUGGUCCACGGGGUCCUACCGGUGAUAGUGGUCGUACAGGUGGUCCAGGUGUUCCAGGAGCAAAAGGUAAAAAGAUAUUUUUAUUAUAUUUUGUUUCAUUUAAUGUUUUCACCUCAUUACUUAUUUAAAAAUGUAUAGAGUGUUAUUAAUGCUGAUUAAAAUAGAGCAAAAUAAAAUUACAGU